AUGGGUGACAAUAUCAAAGUUAUCGACGCUGAACCACAACAACAACAACAAGCAGCAGGCUCUCCUAGCCAACAAGGCGGUAUCAAUGCCAACGCUCUCCUCAAUAAUACUUUGGAUGGAUUUGCCAACCUUAGUUCCAAGUUCAACCCCUUUGCUCAACGACUUGGCAAAGGUAUCGGCCAAGUGAGACAGUAUGCACAAGAACGCUUGGGUACAGCCGAAGACAUUACAGAGCUUCCUCAAGAGUAUAAGGAUCUUGAAAAGCGAGUGGAUGCAUUGCGUGGUGUGUACACUGGUCUUCUCAAGGUGACUCGUACGUAUGGCAACCCAUCCUAUGAUUAUCCUGUGCAGUUGCAGGAGUCUUUGGCUGGAUUUUCGAGCACGGUGACCUCUCAGUUCCAAAACUUGGCCUUAUCUCCAGCCGAACGUCAACAGAUGGAACAACAGCAACAGCAGCAGCAACAACAACAGCAACAAGAUGAAAAGCAACAUCCCAAGACUUUGUCACAUGCGCUUGCUCGCGUAUCUUCUCAAGGAGCACAAACUGUGGGAGUGGAGGAUCCUCUUGGCACUGCUUUAUUCAAGGUGGCCACUGUAUCGGAAAAGGUGGGCGAUGCACGUGCAAGGAUGGACCAAGCUAUUGUGGGCAAGUUCAAUCAACCCAUGCAAACUACGCUCAACACAUCCAUCGAACAAGCUCUCAAGGCUCGUCGUAAUGUCCAAUCCGUUCGCUUGUCAUUGGAUGCAUGCAAGGCCAGAUAUCGCAACGCUAGACCCGAUAGACAAGAAGCUGCUCGCUUAGAAGUUGAACAAGCCGAGGAUCAAUUUGUCGCUGCUGUUGAAGAAGCUACUAGCUUGAUGAAGGCUGCUUUGGAGAAUCCUGAACCUUUCCGCAACUUGGCUGAUCUUGUGGCCGCUCAAGCUGCUUAUUUCAAGGAAGCUCAUGAACUUUUGACUGAUCUUGCACCUGAACUUGAUGAGAUCCAAGUAACACAGGAGUCAUUGUAUCGAAACAGCCGUGAGUGA